GGUCACAGGGUCCCAUUAUAAAUGAGCUCGUCGCCGACACUUAUCACAGUGUCUUCGCGGGUAAAUGAGCCGACGCUGUUUCUUGCACACAUUAAAAAUAAAGUAAUAAGUUAUUUAAAAAAAUGCCGUGGACUAGCACGAACAGAAUCUACGCGAAACCCUCGAACACGAGUUCAGGUAUAGCAGAAGUGGCUCCGUACUCCUUGACGAGCACAGCCAGGGCUGCGACCACAGCAGCGGCUGACACUGGUGGUCGCUUCGAACUGAGCGACCAUGGAUACGGAAAGAGUUCCGUAAAACUCUUGCAUGUGUACCGCGAUGGAGAAUACCACGUCAUCCGAGAGUUCGAAGUGUCUACUGAACUAAAGCUCAGCAGUGAAUCAGCAUACGUGCUCGGUGACAACAAAGAAGUUGUCGCCACAGACUCGCAAAAGAACACAGUCUACUUACUGGCUAAGAAAUACGGUAUAAAGACUCCAGAAGAAUUUGGCGCGGUUGUAGUGAAUCAUUUCCUUUACACGUACAGACAAGUUUGUGAAGCGAAGUGUCAUAUAAUAGAAUAUCCGUGGGAAAGAUUACAAGCCGGCGUGCCUCAUAAUCAUGCUUUCGUAUUCUCCCCAACCUCAACGAGAUGGUGCGAAGUAUCUCAAGUUAGACACGAGGCAGUCCUGGUGAAAUCAGGAUUGAGCGGUCUACGGAUUUUGAAGACAACUCAAUCGGCGUUUGUCGAUUUUGUCCAAGACGAAUACACGACGUUAGCUGAUUCCCCAGAAAGAAUAUUCAGUACGGUAGUAGAAGCGGAAUGGACGUACGAUAACAUGAAAACGGCGGACUUCGACAACGCGUGGUUGACAGUGAAAGAUGCCAUCCUAGAGAAAUUCGCCGGUCCUCCCGACACGGGCGUUUACUCACCUUCUGUGCAACACACACUCUAUCAAGCAGAAAAAAGUGUUUUAGAAAAUGUUGCCGAGAUAUCCUGGAUCCGCAUGUCGAUGCCGAACAAACAUUACCUCAAUAUCGACGUCUCCAAGUUCCCCGCGAAUGUGACGAAGGGAGAUCCCCGGCAUUACAUCUAUCAACCCAUAGACAAGCCAGCCGGCCUCAUCUACGCGCAACUACGUAGAAGACCAAAGAGUAAAUUGUGACCUUCAGUCAUUUAGAAUUUUUCAUAAGACUUAACUUAUUGCGUUUUGAGAAUAAUACUAACUACGGUAUUGUUAAUGAAAAUUGCUUCCUUUGCUUUACUGCUAGAUGAUUUUGAAAGAAAAGAUAAACAAUGGUUUACCAUUCCUUCAAAAUAAAAUUAUAAAAAUAAUGGUUUUAAAAGCCUGCAACUAAUAAUUUAGUGCGUUCACUUUCGAUUCUCAGGGGUGGAACUAUAAAGCCACUAUUUUUCCCACGCGGAUUCUCCCCAAGUUCAAGGGGGCAUUGGAAUGAAACACUCAAGUCAAAACACCCUUCCCGAACGGCCCUCUGAGCCAAAGUCCGAGUCUUAAAGGAGACGCCCUUAGAGAGUCGUUCCACCUAGCUCUUCUGCUUCUGCCUUCUGGCUCAACCAGGCGAUACUUUGCGUUCGCCCCCCGUUGACGCCUGAGGUCCUAUUAAAGAGCCUAUGGCACUUAAACAAUCAUAUUAUAAGACUUUUUUUUUAUAUAAAUGGGACGAUAUAUUGAGGCAAAUCCUAGUAAAGCUCGCUCAGAUAUCCUAAAGCUCUUUAAUGACAUUUUAAUUCCGUUAACGGAACACAUUUGAUGUAAUAUUACUUUAAAUAAUGCUAAAAAUACUUAACUGAAGCGCAGUAGUUUUCAUGUAUAUAUAUUUUUUGACGACCUCCGUGGCGCAGUGGCAUGCGCAGUGGAUUUGCAAGACGGUGGUCCUGGGUUCGAUCCCCGGCUGGACCGAUUGAGAUUUUCUUAAUUAGUCAAGGUCUGGCUGGUGGAAGGCUUCGGCCGUGGUUAGUUGCUACCUUACCGACAAACACGUACCGCCAAGCGAAAGUGGAUUUUCAUCCUCUUCCUAACAAGUUAGCCCGCUUCCAUCUUAGAUUGCAUCAUCACUUACCACCAGGUGAGAUUGUAGUCAAGGACUAACAUAUAAAUAAAAAAAAAUAUGGGAUGCAAAGGCGAAGGGGGAAAUGAAUGCUUUGCGUUAUUUUCUAGUGUAUUUCAGUUUUAAGUAUUGUUUAAAUGUGUAGAUGUUUUUCUCGUGUGAACAAUAAUAAACAAUUCCCUUAUAAUAAGGGCAACCAUCACUCAAGUUUAAUUGUUUUCAAUAGUUGUUCAAUUAUUAAUUUGUAUUAGCUGUUAAUUAUACAUUGCUAAUUUGUUUUAUAUGUUGUAUGUAAAAUAAUACAGUAACUACAUUAGAAAGUAAUAUCUAGUCAAGGUAAUAACUUAAUAUUGUGUCUAUAUAAAGUGGGAAGUACUUAGAUAAAAUUAAGUUUAAAGGAAAUCAAUAAAUAACACAACAUAUAUCACAAAAUAAUUAUAAUUGUUAAUAAUUGAUGUUGAUGUUUGUUUGUUUGUGUGUUGUAAUAAAUCUUAUUGAACCACA